AUGGCGGUCUUUAAAGCCAGAAAAAAGGGGAAAAUUACGUCACCUGCUGAGUUUCAGCCAAUAAAAACCCACUAUCUAGUAGUUAUACUUGGACAAUCAAGAGUUGGAAAGACGGCCAUCGUCCAACAGUUUUUAAACGGAGAAUUUUCCAUCGAUUACAGAGCCACCGUGGAAGAAUUUCACCGCAGCCAAUACGUCAUGGACGACUUUGUUUUAACACUCGAUAUUCUCGACACCAGCGGAAGUUACGAGUUUCCAGCAAUGAAGAGAUUAGCUGUAACUAAGGGAGACGCCUUCGUUCUGGUGUAUUCCAUCGAAGACGCCGAAUCCUUCGAAAGGGUGUAUCGAGAACGAGAGUUUGUCCUCAAUAUUCGACCGCUAGGUGUCCCCAUAGUCGUGGUGGGCAACAAGUGUGAUCUGGAAGGUGACAGAAAGGUUGGAAGGGAGCUAGCGGAGAGUGUGGUGAUCAUGGACUGGGAGAACGAGUUUUUAGAAGUCUCGGCAAAGACUGAUAUAAGCAUUUCUGACAUUUUUAACAAGCUGUUGACACAAGCUCGUGCGCCUGGUGAGACGUCAAUCUGCUUGGAACGGAGAAGGAGGUCACUUCCGAUUUUCAAUUCCUCUCCAAAUGUCAAAGACGACUUGGUCUUAAAAAGUCAUAGUUGUGUGAUUUGAUGAUCCCCCCCCCCUAACUGUUGUGGUUUGAACAAUAUUAAGUUCACCACG